CCGAACCUCCACCGAGCUCGUGAACAGGAACUGACGUCCCUCCACCCUCAGAGCGAGAGGACGGAAAAACAUGCAGCUGCAGGAGAAAUGGCUCCAAACACCGCACCGCUGAGAGGUGUUUAAAGAAUUGCUGCGCUACCCUGUGGGCCUCACCGACUUAAAGGCUGACACACUCAUGGCACCAUCCAGUUGACAGAAUGGCCCAGAUAUCAAGCGGUAAUGGGUUCAAGCUGGAUGUCCCCCAGCAGAAGGGGGUUGUGGGCAAAGAGGAAGCCCUCCGCAUGGAGGAAGAGGCUCUAGCAAAGUUGCAAAGGGAUAAGAGACACACUCUGUCAACUUCAGCGCCCUCGUCUUCCUCUGCGGCGUCCUCGUCCUUCUUGAAACCAAAACCAUCAAAGUCUACCACUACUGCUCCUCAACCAUCACCCUCGACUAACAGACCAGAAAAGGACCUCAUUGUCUUCCCAGAGACCAAGAAACAGGCAGAGCGGGACAAGUUCAGGGACAUUGAUGUGGACAAACUGACCAAUGAGGAACUUGAAAAGCUCCUCCUGGAUGAGAACUUUGGGGCGAACAAUAAGGUGUCCCGCCCCUCGUCUCUGCAGGGGUUUAACCUCAGUGCCUCCUACCCUGGGAGCCAUGCCUGUAGUUCCUCUCCCUUCCAGAGCGGCCAGUGGACACCUGUUCUGCCCACCUCAUCCAGCACCAGUGUGUCCACUCCCACCCAUCAGUCUAUCCCAGUGUUCCCCUCGGCUCCAUUCCCCAAACCAGGCACAUUUCAGAAUGGCUUCACUCCAACCAUGUCCCCCUUCAUGACCAUGUCGGCACAGCAGCCAUCCUUCAUGACGUUCACUCCCAUUCAGCCCGCCGCCGCUCUGGUCUUCCAGCAGCCGGCCGUGGACCCGGAGAUGGCCAAACUUUUCGACAAGAUUGCCAGCACCUCAGAAUACUUGAAGAAUGGCAAAUCGGCCAGCACUGACCUAGAUUCCUCUCAAGCCGGCACAGCUUCCCUGGCACCCAACCCACCGCCCCAGCAGCCAGCAGUGACGGAAUCCUCCAGCAUUAGCCGCAUGGACUGGCUGGAUCUGGACCCACUUACAAAGCGUAAAGCUGAGAACGAGGAGGCAUCCCCGGCAUCAGGAGGCCCCGCACAGACAGCACCAGGACCCUCCGCGGGGGAUCCUUGGGAUGCGGUGCUGGAGACUGAAGGGAAUAGCACGAGUAGCAGCAGCAGCCCCCCGCCGGAGGGGAAAGCAUCUCUGUCGGUUCGCUCACAGCCGAGGAGAGCUUCAACGGGAGCCGCUGUCACCAGGAGUCACUCGCUUAAUAUCCCGGGAACCUCCUCGCAGCACAAACCAAACAAUCAGGACAAGGUGAAAGGAAAAGGCUUGGUGAAGAAUGCCGCUCUGGAUGAGCAGGAUGCUCAGAACCUGGAGGUUGUCGCCUUCUGUGAAGACGUAGCAACACUGCGCUCCAAGUUCCCUCAUGACGACAGGUCCACCAACCCGGGCUACGUCCUCAGCCCAGUCAUUACCCAGAGAGAUGCUGGAGGAGACAACAGCUGCUCUGUGAAGGUUUCCAUUGAAAUCCCUGAGUCUGAGCAGCCGGUGACCUUCACCUGUGACGUGAGUUCUCCGGUGGAGCUGCUCAUCAGUCAGACUCUCUGCUGGGUCCACGAUGACCUGGACCAGGUGGACUUCUCCAGCUACCUGCUCAAAGUCUGCGGGCGGGAGGAGGUGCUGCAGAAUAAACACAGCCUGGGCAGCCAUGAGUACGUCCAGAGCUGCAGGAAGUGGGAGAAUGAGAUCACGUUACAGCUCCUCUCUCACUCCACCAUGAGGAGAGACUUGGCACGCAGCGCUGAAGAUGACAACUCUUUGAUAGAUUUGGAGAAGCACCUCAGCCAGGUGGAGAGGCCUUUCAGGGAAAACGUAACCAGACAAGGCCUGGCUGACUAUUUAGAGGGCUACCACAAUCAAGUCAACAUCUGUCUACAGAAUGAGAGCACCCAGUAUAAGACAGUGGACCGGUUGGUGCAGACCAUGAAGAACCUGUGUUGCGCUCUGGACGAGGUGGAGACGCAAACCAUCACGGAAGCCGUCAAACGGCUGAAACACUCCGUCAAUUUACCGAGGACACGCUCGCCGAAGCUUGGAGCCUCGUCGUCCGGUCACUCGUCUAAUGGUCACACCAGCCCCGUGGAGGAGUGCAUGUCCUCGCUCACGCAGGCCGUCUACGAUCUGGCCAAGCUCUACCUGCGCUCCUUCUGCCCCCCAUCCACCUCCUACAGCUCGCCCGCGCUGCCUCCGCCUGCAGAGGGGGAAGACAAAGAGGGAAGGAGCAGCAAGGAGGCUUCUGGCACCACGGACCACCUUCAGUUCACGCUGUUCGCUCUGCACGGCAUCCCGGGCAACUGGGUCAGCAGCUAUGAGAAGUACUUCCUGAUGUGCUCCCUCACCCACAACGGCAAGAACCUGUUCAAGCCGAUCCAGUCCAAGAGAGUGGGCACAUACAAGAGCUUCUUCUACCACAUCAAAUGGGACGAACUGAUCAACUUCCCCAUCGCAGUCGCUGUCCUCCCGCUGGAGUCCAUACUGACUCUGACUCUGUUCGGGGUGCUGAACCAGAACGCCAGCAGCUCCCCGGACUCCAACAAGCAGAGGAAGGCUCCGGAGAUGCUGGGCAGAGUCUCAAUGCCACUCUUUGACUUCAGGAGAGUCCUGGCCCGAGGCAGCAGGUUGUUGUGUCUGUGGACGUCCGCCCAGGGAGCUGCUGCAGCUGCUGCCGGCGCUGCAGGCAACCGCAAGAGGAUGCCCACAGAGAGGAUAGUGCUACAGGUCGACUUCCCCAACUCACCUCUGGAUGUUUUAUACGUGGGACCUAAAGAAGCCCCGUGUCCAGAGCCCCCUGUGGAAGAGCUGGACCCCGACCUGCGGCGUAAAGUGGAGAAAGUCUGCAGCAGAGCCUCUAAUUUUGGCCUGAAGCGCUCAGAUCACCAGCUCCUCUGGGACCACAGGCUCCACUGUCGGAGGGACCACCCCAGCAGCCUCCCCAAAGUGCUGGCCAGUGUGCCCAGCUGGGACUGGGCCAGCAUCGCACACAUCCACUCCCUGCUGCACCACUGGCCCACUCUGCCCCCUGUAACUGCACUGGAGAUGCUGGAAUCAAAGUUUGCAGACACUGAGGUGAGAAACGUGGCGGUCAGCUGGAUUGAGAAGAGCAGUGAUGAUGAACUGGCCGACUACCUGCCUCAGUUAGUGCAGGCAUUAAAGUUUGAGUGUCACCUAAAGAGCGCCCUCGUCAUGUUCCUGCUGUCCAGAGCUCAAGGCAACAUCAACAUCGCCCACUACCUCUACUGGCUGCUGAAAGACGCCGUGCAGGAUCCCGCCUGGGGGCAGCGUUACGAGCGUGUGCUGGGUUCCCUGCUGUGUCUGUGUGGAGCCAAGCUGAGGGCGGAGCUGGAGAAACAGACCAACCUGGUGACCCUCCUGGGAACCGUCGCAGAGAGGGUCAGACAAGCCGGGGGAUCUACACGACAGGUGGCGCUGCAGGAGGGCCUCGAAAACGUUCAGAACUUCUUCCAGAGGAACAGCUGCAGACUGCCGCUCAGCCCCAGUCUGGUGGCCAAGGAGCUAAACAUCAAGUCCUGCUCCUUCUUCAACUCCAACGCAGUUCCCCUGAAGCUGGCUCUGGUCAACGCCGACCCGCUGGGAGAAGAGCUCAACGUUAUGUUCAAGGUCGGAGAGGACCUGAGGCAGGACAUGCUGGCUCUUCAGAUGAUCCGGAUCAUGGACCGGAUCUGGCUGCAGGAGGGACUCGACCUCCGCAUCGUCAACUUCAAAUGCAUCUCCACCGGCAAGGACAAAGGCAUGGUGGAGUUGGUGCCGUCCUCCGACACUCUGAGAAAGAUCCAGGUGGAGUACGGAGUCACCGGAUCCUUCAAAGACAAACCUCUGGCAGAGUGGCUCCGCAAGUACAACCCGGCUGAGGACGAGUAUGAGAAGGCCUCAGAGAACUUCAUCUACUCGUGUGCAGGAUGCUGUGUGGCCACCUACGUCCUGGGCAUCUGUGAUCGCCACAAUGACAACAUCAUGCUGCGCUCCACCGGUCACAUGUUCCACAUCGACUUCGGGAAGUUCCUGGGACACGCUCAGAUGUUCGGCAGCUUCAAGAGGGACCGCGCUCCGUUCGUCCUGACCUCCGACAUGGCGUACGUCAUCAACGGGGGCGAGCGUCCCACCAGUCGUUUCCAGCUCUUUGUAGACUUGUGCUGUCAGGCCUACAACCUCAUACGCAAGCACUCCGGGCUUUUCCUCAACCUGCUGUCCCUGAUGACGUCUUCAGGACUUCCAGAGCUGACCGGCUCUCAGGAUCUAAAAUACGUGUUCGACGCUCUGCAGCCACACAACACCGACGCUGAGGCUACCAUCUUCUUCACCAGGCUCAUCGAGUCCAGUCUGGGCAGCGUCGCCACCAAGUUCAACUUCUUCAUCCACAACCUGGCACAGCUUCGGUUCUCCGGUCUGCCCACCAACGACGAGCCCAUCCUCUCGUUCUCCCCGAAGACCUACACUCUGAAACAGGAGGGCCGCAUCCUGCACGCCUCCAUCUUCUCCUUCCAGAAGAGAUACAACCCCGACAAGCACUAUACGUACGUGGUGAGGCUGAUGAGGGAGGGACAGAAUGAGCCGCAGUUUGUCUUCCGCACUUUCGAUGAGUUUCAGGAGCUCCACAACAAACUCACCAUCGUCUUCCCGCUCUGGAAGCUGCCCGGUUUCCCCAAUAAGAUGGUGCUCGGUCGCACCCACAUCAAAGAGGUGGCUGCCAAGAGGAAGUUUGAGCUCAAUAACUACGUCCACAACCUGAUGAGGAGCUCCACGGAGGUCAACCAGUGUGACCUGAUCUACACCUUCUUUCAUCCGAUCGCACGAGACGACAAGACGGAAGGUUUAGACGCCACACCGAAAGCACCAGAGCCUCCGCUGAGCCCCACCUCUGGUCGGGUGGAGGGAGAAGUGAAACUCUCCAUCUCGUACAGAAACAGCAACCUGUUCAUCAUGGUCAUGCACAUCAGAGAUCUGGUGUCUGAAGACGGGACGGAUCCUAACCCAUAUGUGAAAACCUACCUGCUCCCAGACCCACACAAGACUUCCAAACGCAAGACCAAGAUCUCCAGGAAAACCAGGAACCCGACUUUUAAUGAGAUGCUGGUGUACAGCGGCUACAGCAAGGAAACCCUGGGCCUGCGUGAGCUUCAACUGAGCGUGCUCAGUGCCGAGUCGCUGCGUGAGAACUACUUCCUGGGCGGCAUCACGCUCAGACUCAAAGACUUUGACCUCAGCAAGGAGACGGUCAAGUGGUACAAACUUACGGCCGUCCCGUACUUCUAAACCUCCCCCGAAGUGAGGAGCGACUACCACCUCUCUGGACUUUACGACGCUGCAUUCACCUCAUAUGGGAAAAGGGGCACAUGACUUGAACAUCCUGGUCUCCUCGGUUCAUAGUUCAUAAAAAUCUGACUCCAGAGCUUCCAGAAGUUUGAGUUUGACAAAGGGCCGUCUCUUAAAUCACUAAAUUUAAAGUGUAGGGAUAUUUCAGUUUGAGUUUUACAAACCAAGACCUUUACUUCAGCAUGAAUCCUGUUUUAAUCAUCAUGUACAACUUGACUCCUUAAAGUCUUCUAACUAUGAUCAUGAUGCUUCAGGGUUCUUCCCAUAUGACCUGAAUGCAGACUCAGAAGCUCCUCCAGACGGAUCCUGGUCGGACGACGGAGCAGGCAGAUUCACAAACAGAGAGAGGAGAGCCUGCUCUUCUUUCUCUGCUACUUCUCUCCUCCCUCCUUCUAUAACUAAUCAAGAUUGUUUCUGUGACAAACAAUCGCUUCUUCUUCUUCUUCUUCUUCUGUCUUUUUUUUUCCUAAACUAUAACAAAAAAGCUGUAAUGUUUUGUACAUUUUGAUAUUAGAGGACCAAAACGGCUUACUUUCAGAAGAGUAUAUAUAGAUUGACACGUUUAUUUUUUAAGGAAUAGAAAGGGGGAUCUUUUUACAUUUUCCUUUGUUUAUUUUCUAUAGAGACAAAUAGGAGGUAUCAGGGUUUCUCGCUUCGCAGCAGACACUUCUGGGUAGAGUAGUCCAACACUUCAGAUUCCAGGAAAAUCAACAGUGACCUUACGAUUGCUCAAGAAUGUGCCAAAAGUAACAAGAGAGAGGGACGGCAAAUCAAACAGGGUGCCUUUGUUUGUGCUCACAAUCUCUUUUAAUACUCGACUUGGCCUUAUCGCGAUAAAAAUCUAUUUUACUACCAAUCUGAAAAAUCCUUAAUAAAGCAAAUCUAUAUUCUGUAAAGCUAUAUCACAAGUUCUUCCAGGGCAGGUUAUUUUGUAAGAGUGGACUGCCUCUAAAUGCACACUACCAGGUCUCUCUCUCAUGGUAUUACUUGACUGUUCUCACACCUUUUAAAGGGGGUUUGUAUCAUAAGCUUCUGCGCUCUGGAUGGAGAGAUUGUGAUGUUUUUCCUUCACUCAGACUUCUCUCCAUGCAGUAUAUGGACUCAGAAAGCUGGAGUCUGGAUGUGAGGCUUUUCUCCACUCAGGCAGCAACACCACGCUCACUCCCAGUGCCUAUAAGUGGUGCAACAACGCCGAUGAUAUGUCAAAUAUGAGUUACUUCUCCUGCCGGUGAAGUCCAGAUCCAGCCGGGUCUUAUGAUAUUCUAGUGAGAGAACCUUCUGAAUGUUGGACUGAUUUAGAAGAGAGCACUGCAAAGGCAACUUCAUUUUUUAAACAUCUUUAAAAAAUAAAAAGGGAACAAUAUCCUGUGCAAGAGAUUAGCUGCUUCUCCUUCCACUUGCUAACUUUGAAUCGUUGUUAAUGUUGAAUAAAGAAAUGAAGAUGGAUUUAUCUGACAUUUUGUAAGAGAUCUGCGAGAUAUUUGUGAUCAGAGAACAACACUUACUAUGAAUAUCAGUGACUUGAUCCGCUCUUUUAGUGACUGUACAAAGAACACAAGCAGAGUUUGUAUUAACAUGGCCAGUUAUUUAUUCUUAAUUGGUGACCUGUAACCCGAAUGGAUCAGUGUGUACUGUAAUCCCUCUUUCCUAAAGCAAAUUAAAUGUUUUUGGAACAAA